AUUUAAUCGUUCUGAUCGUUCUGCAUGGCCGUGUUAAUGGAAAGCGCCCUUAGAUUACUUGCUAUACUAAAAAAUAUUGGAUUUGAUGUUCUGCCUUUUUAGUUCACGCACAUGUAUAUAAUUUUUACUAGCAGGCUACAAUAGUUGUUUGACAAUAUGCUUACCUGGCAGUGUCAUAUUACUCAUCACAAAAAAAGUGGAUAUCCGCCAUCUUUGACUUCACAUGUUGCGUGCGAGUUCUUACUACAGAUAUUUAUAGUGCUGACUGGCAUGGUGCUAACUUUAAUUUUCUAUGUCUUAAGGUAAUCUGAGGUUUGGUUUGACAAUGUUAUGCCAAGAAUCUAUAAAAGAUGAAGUGCUCUGUGCACGACCAAACCUUCCCGCGUCCUGGAAAGCGACUUUAGUGUUUGUUGUUUUGGCCAUCCUCACACUGACGCUAACAUGUUGUCUUAUUGUUGCAUCGUUUUGGAAACCAAAAGUUUUUGAGUAUGGUAAAUGGGUUGCCGUUGUUGCAUGUAAGUAUUGUUUGUUACAUUGUAAUACAGGCUAAGUUCAGGUGGUUUACCGCUUUUCAGGUAGCUGUAUCUCUGACAAUCCGCAGUUGUCACGUGUCACUGUUCGCGUACUACUUGAAAAUGGGGGACUGUUAUAUUGUACACUAUCAGCGUAGCUUGUUGGGGAUAGAGAAACCAUAGAGUAAUCUGGAGAAUGUACAAUCUCGACCCCGCUGAGCCUGCAAUCCUCUGUGGAAGCUUGCUGAGGCUCUGGGAAACACCAGCGAAAAUCCGCGGGCUCUGAUUGGUUGCUUUUCAACCCAUUUCUUUUACACUGAUACCGUGCUAAUCUAUUCAAACUGUGAGUCUAUUUAGUGAUUCAACAUAUCAAUGAAACACACAGCAUAACUUUAAUAAACUUAUUAAGCUUCCUUCGCUUCUCAAAUGAAAUCAAUACACUAUUCUGAUAUCAUGCCAAUAACAAAACUGUAAGAAUAUAAACAACACAACAAUCCAUGAUCAUGAUUUACCGUAAUUAAACACUGAAGUUAAAAUAAAUCACUACCAGUAUCUUACAACAAUUCAAAACCCUGGCAAGUGUUCUUUGAAGAAUUAAAAUCGUAAUAAGCUUAAACAACGGCAUAAUUCAUGUUUGACGGCAGUAAUGAAUAUUUAUGUUUCUCAGAGCCUCCACUUAUAAAUUGUUGAGGUUAAUACUUCGUGAAAUGCUUAUGCAUGUCAAAACCAACAUUGUAGGGGAAGCGGGGGAGAUAGAGACGCCAACAUGUGUAUGUGACCAGUAAUACUUUAGUUUACACCUAAGCGUCUACGGAAUUUUUGAGAAGAAAUAUCGAGCCAGAGGUUCUGAUCCCAAAAUGUUCCUCUUACACGAUGCAUUGCAUUGCAUGUCAUAUACAGGGUGUCUAAAAAAACGCUAUGGAAAUUGAACAGGCUGUCGUGCAUCAUAAACGUGGCUAAACAAUUCAAUUUUUACAUAGGACGAAAGAACAGUUAUUUAGCUUCUCAAUGAUACUCUUUUUUAAAUCGUCAAGAUGAGAAAUGGCCACAUACUUGCCAAAUAAAAAUUGCCAGUCGAAAUCACAUUCUCCACCGUUGGGAGUUGCAUGGAAAACGAACAAUAAACAAUUCCCAAGAGGGAAUUAAAAUUUAAUGUUAUCUAAAAUAAGCUCAACUAGUCAAUCUUUGUCUUAGUGAGACAUGCAUAAGAACGUCCAUUAUUGCAUUAAACAUUAUUCCAUUAACCACUGAACAGAGAACAUUCGUAAUCACCUUGCAGAAGGCUCGCGUUGCUUUUGGAUUGAUUAAUUUUGCAUAAUUAAUGUAUUUUCAAUUCCCAACGGUGGAAGAAUGUGAUUUCAACCGACAAUUUUUAUUUGACGAGUAUGUGGCCAUUCCUCAUCGUUACGGUUUCAGAAAGGUAUCAUAGAAAAGCUAAGGCUGUUAUGCAAAUUAUAGGGUUGCAUUUUUUUUAGUCACCCUGUACAAUGCAACGCAACGACUCUUCUGACGUGUAGGGUCAUACUCAAUCCAUGCUAUAUAGUCUUAAACUACUCAUUAAAAAUUCAUAAACCUGGUGGCAAAUCAUGUCAGCCAUAAUAUGUCACGUGGAGUAACUUUAUAUCUGAUAAAACUCAUCCUAAUUAGUAUGAUUAUAUAAUGGUUCAUCCUAAUUAGUAUUCUUAUGUAGUCAUAUUUUAAGCCAUUUAAAUAUCUGAUAAAACACUCCUACGCGUGCUUUAAAUAGUACUUAGUGAUUGGGCUUGGGAUUUAUUAAUAACUUUGCCCUUGUUGGUGUUGGGUGUAAUAAACUAUCUUAACAAAUGUACAAGUGUGUGACUCGUGAUUUGUGACUUUCUGAAAGUGUGGAAUUCCACAACGUGUUGCCCAAAGGGACUCGUUAGAUAAUAAUAUCGCAUUGCAGGACGGCACUGCCCCGUGCCGGCCUGAUUUUCAAUGGCUGAGGGGAACUCUCGUUGCGCAUCAUUAAUUGGAUUAAUAUGAUUAUGUUUAUUUUGUAGUAAUGCAGUUAUGCCUGGCAUCAAUAAUAUUUCCCAUUGGAUUUGGUAGUCCAGAGGUCGGAGGAAUGCCAUUCAAAUUGCCUCCUAACAACUCUCUUGGUUCCUCCUACGUUUGUUUCAUCCUCGCAAUUCUCUUUACAUUGUUUGGAGAGCUCUGCAUGAGGAAAGGUCACUCUGUUGGGAUGUAAGACGGUUGAUUUAUCAAGAAGGUUUUGCACAAACAUGCACAAGAAGUAACGGUUUUUCUCUCUUUGUGUUAUAUAAUACAUAAGCCGAAUGAGAGUUUAAGGAUACACCAGAUAUUAUAUCUGGCCGGAUAGUGAGAUUUUCAUUAUCCGGCUGGAUAUCUAAGAUAUCCGACUGGAUACCCGAUAUUAGAGAGGUUAAGAUAUAUACCCUGGUUCCGGUUUACGGAUGAUAUACACUUACUCGUACACGUAAAUCCGGGAACGACUUGUGACUUAAAGGGAUACGGCAAUAUAUUUUUUUUAUUAUUUCAUUUGGAAGAACUUUUAAAAUUAUAUGUUAAUCUCUUUUACCGAUUUUGCGUAACUUUAUUAUUUCUUGAGAUAUUUGAACAGAAAAAAUCACAAAUCAGCGAGCUUUCCGCCAUCUUGGAUUUUGGCGGAUAUGCAUGUGACAUCAUAAGCAGGGUCACGCAAGAAUUUUAUCCAUAGAGCAAUUGGUUAUUAUGAGCCCAAAAUCAUAUACUUCAGUAACUAUUUGAAAUAAAAAACUGUCUGACGACUUUUCAAACAAGACUUAAUGUUAAUUGGUCAUUUAGAUGUAGUUUUAUAUGGCUUACCCUGCUUAUGACGUCACUAAAAUCACCGAUAUUUGCGAUAAUGAGAUAAAAAUUAAUCCAAGAUGGCGGACAGCAAAUUAUUUUAAGUCAAAAUAUUUCAAGAAAUAAUAAAGUCACGCAAAAUCGAUAAAGGAUAUUUACAUAUAUAAUUUUAAAAGUUCUUUAAAAUGAAAUAAUAAAAAAAUAUAUUGCCGUAUCCCUUUAAAAAAUCCAGGAUAUUCCGGCGUGAGAAAACCUAUCAGAGAAUGGUAACUUUUGCUGUUGAGGUUCGCCAUAGAUUGUAGAAAAGUUUGACGAGCAUAUGUUCUGUUCAUUAUUUUUGUGGGUAAGAUGCUGAAACUUAUUGAAGGUUCGGGCCUCUUUUCAGGUUAGAAAUGAUGCCAUAUGGUUUUAAAAGUACGAGUCUUUCUUUACUUGCAAUGGUCGAAGAGAAUCUGGCAAUUAUAGUUUCAAUAUUUUUCAUGCUCGCUUGCAUGAAAAAGUACGAUUGAAAUUGGAACUUUUUGAGAGACUUUCCAGCCUUGCAUGUCUAUUGAUGUUGGACUGCGAAGUCCUUUCCAAUAAUUCAAGCAGGCUUUUAGCCAGAAGGGCGUCCAGGCGUCCUGGGACGCUCUUAGAACAAAAAGUGGACGCCUUUGGACGCCCAAAUUAUGGGGCAAAAGGGAAAUUAUUUUCAAUGAUUCCCUAAGUAUAUUAACAUAUCCGAAACGAAAUAACUUCAAUUCUCAUUAUUAUUAUACAUUUGACAUUUUGAUCAAUUUGAUGGCGUACCUGGUUGAAUGAAAACGUCGUAGUUAAGUAGAGAAACAAUAGUGGCACAAACUCACAAAGCCAAGUGUGUUUCAAAAAUUUCAAACGAGGUUGGAAAGAUACUAACAUGAAGUAACAUAAACUUCAAAGGUUUUCCAGAGGAACGUUUUCUCUAACCCUUUGGACGCCCUCUUUUAGGACUCUGGCUAAAAGCCUGAAUUCAAGUCAAUAUAAUCGAUAGUCAAACAACAUCACUUUAUAACCAAUGAAAUCAUUAUUUAACCUUUGAAGAUAAUACGUACAGGAUAUUUUUCAACUAUCAGGCAUAUCCGGUAUCCGGCCUGAUACAGUAAAAUGCUCCAUACGGUGUACUAUAGUUUAUUAGGUAUCUGAGUUUUCACUGCGCAUCCAAAUGACGCAGAGCGCGUUGGGAUAUAUUGCGGUUGAACUAUAACAUACAUGUAGUCAGGACUGGAACAAUUAGAAUAUGCGUAUUAAAGUAUUCAACUGUUUAAUUAUUAUUUGAAUGCAAAAAGUUGCUCAAACAUUCCUUUUGUUUAUGUAAGCCAAUUACGUCUUUUGUUAUUGUCAUAAUCUACCAGUCACAGAACAUCUUCCUAGAGCUUCGUGUUUACUGCGUUCGCAAGGUAAAUUUCAGUAAGGUUGACGCAGACAUUUUCUCACGCAACAGCAUAGUUCAAGUGCUCAACUGCAAUUUGUUUCCAGCGCAGAAUGCGUCAUGUAGAUGCGCAGAAACUUUGAUUUCGUCUAUAUAGACACAAUCUUGUAUAUAAACAUUGAAAUACUGUACAAACAACAAUAUCAGAAAAAAACCCAGGCAAAUUCUGUACUGUAUUAUAUUAAUUAAUAAUAUAUUGUGUAGAUAAAAAAUGAUCAAAAAUUUUAUUGGAUGAGCAGUAAUGCAUUGACGUUAUUGCAAUGAUACAAUGAGUAGAGAACUAAUCAAAAUGACACUCUUUACAACAUAUAAUGUGCAAAAUUUGUCUCUUGUUGCAUUUGAAAUCUAUACUUAUUUGAUAAAAUAAAAUUAUUCCGAUUAUGAUUAUUUUAAAACGCAAUGGAACAUACUUGGUUAAAGAUUCUUUUAAACUUUAUACUUCACCAAUCAUUUUACAUGAAUUGUAUUACUGCGAUUUUUACUCAGCUUAAUUUUGGACGAUCUGUUCUAAAAGUACACACGAGUGGACCACGAAUGACCUCAGAUCGACCACGAGUGAUAUAAGGGACCGGUCAUAAAGACUAAGACUAAGUAACUGCUAGGGUGGGCUGGAGUGAUUUGGGAUGUGCAGUUUCGAUGGGCCGCCAAUUUUUUUGUAUGUUCACGGUUGGGCCACCAAACAAAAACCCAUGUUAAUUAUAUAUUAUAUAAAGAUUUUAAUAAUAAAAGUAAACAAAACUAUCCAAAUUAUCAAAUGCAAAUGAUGCUUUUGAAGCCAGUACUUUGUUUUAUACAACAACAAGAAGUUGUCGAAUCACA